CGAAUCAUUUACAUUUUUCACUUUCACUUUCACUUUCAUCUAGGGCUUGAGAAUCAAAAAAACCGCAGGCAUCUGUGCAGUCGACGAAGGAUCGAUCUGCACGCCGGCGACGAAGGACCGAUCUGCACGCCGGCGACGAAGCAUCGGUCACAGGGUGUUAUUCGGCGGCGGUUUCGUCGAUCUGUGCAAGGGCUGUGCAAGGUUCGAAAUUUUCCCUUCUGUGCAAGGAGGCCGAUUAAUCCAAGAGGGGGGCUUCCGUGUAAUCAAAGAGGAGGCCGAUUCGAAAUUUAGCUUGUAGAUAUAGCAGUGGAUCAAGAGAACUUUGGGAAACAACUUAUGAGGAAACUACAUAAGUUAGUUUUGAUUCGGAAGGACAUGGAAGCAAUGAUUGAACUCACGAAAACUGUUGAUGUUGUCGACGAUGGCUUGAAGAAAGCAAUAACUGAGGCAAUGAUGGAGUUGGGACUCCAAGAUAUGAGUAGCCCUCCAAUGAAUGCAAUGGACAACACACAGUUUUGGAAUGAAGUGAUUGAUGCCAGCAUUGAAAUAGAAUCCACUUACGAAAAGCGUAGGGAAAGAAUGGUUGACUUGUCAGGUGGUCCAACUUUUGAUCUUGGGAUUUCACAAAUGGGCAUGGACACAGGCGAUCAGCAUGGGGAGAUGCAAACUGAAGAGGUUGGCAUAGAGAAGGACAAAUGUGUUGGUCAUUCAGAUGAUGGACAAAUUGAGAUUUAUGACCAUGGUCAAACAAAAGAUAUCGUUGUUGGUCCAUUGCCACGGAGAAGCAAAAGAAAGAUGGUAAAAAAAUAAGUGACGGCAAAUUUUAUUAUAUUCGAUAUGGUUGUAUAAAAGAAUCAAUAUAUGUUUUGUGAGUGUUAUAUAUUUUUGAAUUUAGAUGUGGAUAUGAAACUUGUUGUUGGCAUCUAUUUAAAAAUAUAUAAUAAUUUGCUCCAUAUAGUUUA